CCCCCCUCAGCCCUGUGGAGGAGGAUUGUAGCGUAGCCCAGCUGAAGGCGAAGCCCGUUAGUCCCUACCCUAGCAGGGAGCUGCCAGCACCACAUACACACACUCAGAGAAACACACGCACAGCACACACACACACACACACAUACUCUCUCUCUUUCUCCCUCACACGCUUACACGCACAGGCAGGCAGGCACAAACACAGCCACAGCCAGUCGCGUAUGCGCACACAUAUCCUCUCACAUAGACACGCACGCACGCGCUCGCUCUCUCUCUCUCUCUCUCUCUCUCCCUCUCGCGCUCCGUCCCUGCCGCUAAACAUUCUCACACGCGCACGAGAGGCAGCCUGGAAGACGCUGUUGUAAAGGAAAGGAGGAGAGAAGGCAGAGAAGAAAAAGAGAGAUAAAAAAGAAGGGGAGAACAACACGAGCAGGAAAAAAAAGAAGCUGUCAGGCUUGUGAGUGGACAAAUGUACACGUGUUUGUGCUUUUUUUAAGGAAAGAAACAUUUCCCACUCGCUCGCUCUCCGUGUCUGUUCUGGGAUCUGUGAAGAUCGGAGCUUUUUUUUUGGCGUGCAUUACUGACUGCCUGGAGUUUGCGCUCUCGUGGGAAUCUGUAUUUUCUCUUGUCAGCUGGCGAGAUCUCAUCAGAGGGGCUCUUGUGUUUGAGAAGGACGUGCUUUGUCACACUGGCUGCUUGAGCUUCAGGACAUCCAUCCAUCCAUCCAUCCAUCCAUCUAUCUUUUCGGCUCUCGCUGUCUCUCUCUCUCUCUCUCUCUCUCUCUCGCUCUCCGAGUCGUUCGGCUGCAUCCAGGCUUUUGUCCAUCAAUCUGUGCGCGGAGCAGAGUGGAGGGGGGCACCUCGGAUAUCUGCCGGCCUCCAGCAGGAUUGUGACAGCGCGCACGGAGCGAAAGAAGAGAAGUGAGUGUAUGAAAGAGAGGCAAGUGAAAGCGCAUGCGAGAGAGAGAAAAUAAGCGAGUGAGAAAGAGAACCGAGGCAUGAUCAGGAGGACACACGCCGGCUUUUCUGACAAGUGAACGCCACGGACCAUCGUCUCCCUCGUCUCCACUCCUCUACACUCCCCUCUUCCUCCUCCACCACCACUCUCUUUCCGUCCCUCUCUGCCUCCUCUCUUUCCUCUCUCUCUCUCUAUCCCUCGUUUUUUCUGUGCGCUGCUGCUCUGGGCAGCACCUGUGUGCCUCAUUCCAUCCUCUCCUCCUUUCCUCUCCUCUCAUCCCUCGUUCCCCCCCUGCUCUUCCUCCUUACGGCCACUCCUCAUCCUCACACGCGGGCGGAAAAAAAAACGGGACAGCCUAAGGGUCCGGAGACGACUCCACAUCUUGUUUUUUUCCUCCUCUAUCUCUCCGUCCAUCUCCGUCCGGCCGACCACCUCCAUCGGACGUUUCUCCGCUUGCCUUGCCGACUCAUCCAAGGAUCUACACUAGCGCCUUCACUCCCCCGGGGAACCGAACGAAGCAGGGUUUCAGCCAGAGGCGUUCCCGCUGCUCCAGAGAGUCUCUGUGCAUAUCCGUCUGUCCUUCCGUCCGACGACCGGCCAUUCGUCCGUCCCCUCGUGACCGCCAGAAGGAUUCCAGCUACAUGGGCAAACGCUUGGAACAGCAACCAAUGUACCCCCAGUACACCUACUACUAUCCUCAUUAUCUCCAGACGAAGCAGUCCUAUGCUCCUCCCCCUCCCCCCAUGGCUCCUCCCAGCCCUAGCACCAACAGCAGCAGCCACAGCAGUGCGGCCGAGCAGCUCAGCAAGACCAACCUGUACAUCCGCGGCCUGCCGCCCGCCACCACCGACCAGGACCUCAUCAAGUUGUGCCAACCAUAUGGGAAAAUAGUGUCAACAAAGGCGAUCCUGGACAAGAACACCAAUCAGUGCAAAGGCUAUGGCUUCGUGGACUUCGACAGCCCUGCCGCGGCGCAGAAAGCGGUGGUCUCCCUCAAGGCGAGCGGCGUCCAGGCCCAGAUGGCCAAGCAACAGGAGCAGGAUCCGACCAACCUGUACAUCUCCAACCUGCCGGUGUCCAUGGACGAGCAGGAGCUGGAGAACAUGCUCAAGCCCUUUGGCCACGUCAUCUCCACGCGGAUACUGCGCGACGCCAACGGGGUCAGCAGAGGGGUCGGCUUUGCUAGGAUGGAGUCCACUGAGAAAUGUGACGUCGUCAUUCAGCAUUUCAACGGGAAGUUCCUGAAGACUCCUCCUGGCGUUCCUGCCCCUACAGAACCGCUGUUGUGCAAGUUUGCCGAUGGAGGGCAGAAGAAGAGGCAGAACCAGACCAAGUACCCCCAGAACGGCCGACCGUGGCCCCGGGAAGGAGAGAGUGGCAUGGCGUUAACCUACGACCCUGCUGUGAUGCAGAACGGGUUCUACUCCUCCCCUUACAGUAUCUCCACCAAUCGCAUGAUUGCACAGACCUCCAUCACACCAUUCAUCGCUGCUUCUCCUGUCUCCACAUAUCAGGUCCAGAGCACUUCAUGGAUGCCUCACCAACAGUACGUUAUGCAACCUACUGGUGCUGUGAUCACGCCCUCCAUGGACCACGCCAUCUCCAUGCAGCCGGCUAACAUGAUGCAGCAGAUGAACCACCAGAUGAACCACCUCUCCCUGGGCUCCUCCUCUUAUAUGACUGCUGCUGCUGCUGCUGCUGCUCCUAUGCAAGGAACCUACAUUCCCCAGUACACUGCUGUGCCUGCAUCUGCUGUCUCAGUGGAGGGAGUGGUAACAGAGCCCACGACGCAGACGGUUCCCCCCUCGUCGCAGGACGUGAGCGGACAGCAGCAGCCGCUAGCGGUGGAGAACUCCAGUGAACUCCAGUCGGCCUACUCCUACCAACCCACCAAAUAACAACAGGAGGCGUUGGCGAGGAGGAGGAGGAGGAGAGAGGGAGGAGAGAGUGUUCCAGCGACUGCAUUGCCUUGAGAUUUGGGACUGCACUGAGACGGCAGAUGGAGAGAUGAAUGGAGACAGAGAGAGAUGGAGAGAGGAAAAAAGAGAGAGGGAGAGGUCGAUGGAAGGAUUCGAACAAUGAAAGGAUGGUUUCUGAUGUUGCGCAGGCACCAGAAAUUGAAGAAAAAAUAUAUUUCCUGCCUGGACCAAGCAAAAGGAAUACCUGGACCGAGAACAGAACAAUGCAGUCUGGGAAUUCACCCUUUGGGUUAAACGUCUAUCAGCAUGGGGCUGGACAUUCUUCAUUAAUCAAUUCAGUUUUAAAAAAAAGAUUAUAAAAAAAGAAAGGUUUUAAAAAUAUAUAUUUGAAUGUGCUGGUAGGUUUUCAGCGACAUUGAGUUUUUCUAUUAGAUGAGGAAGCAAGUUCUAGACAAAAAAAAAAAAAAGAAGAAAAAAAAUCUGUCUUCCUCUGAUUCUAAGCUACUUCUUCUUGCUGUCAUUUGUAUGAGUUUUCUUUUAGUUUUUUAGAGAACCUAAAUAUUUCUUUUUUUUCCUUUUUUUGGAUAUUUGUUGCCUUAAUUUUAAGAACUUCACAGAACUUUUUCUCUCAAUUGUCAUGUAUGGAGGCACAUGGACAAGUCAACCAGCUCAAAACCUCCCACAAAGGAGAAGGCGUUAAAUGUUUUAGCUGUUUCAGAGUACAGAGGUUCUCUUUGUGUGGAAAGAACUUUUAAAUUAUCAGUGGCAACUGUGUGUUUUAAAGAUUGAACAAAUUAUUGUGGUGAUGAAUGGGGAAUGGUAUUUCUUCAACCAGAAAAAAAGAAAUGUUGAUGCUGCAUCAUGGGAAAUGCAGUUUAUUGUGUAGUGCAGAUCCCUUUUUAAAAUGGCAUUAUUGUUUUUAUUCUGCAAUAUUUUUUAUGAGCUUUGAGGUGUUUUUCUCCGCCUGCUAUGCUUGUCUCGUUGCAAAAAAGAAGAAAGAUUAAAUGUGGAAAAAAAAAACAUUGGCAGCGCAAAAAUAAGUGAAUAGAUAGGAGCUUCAUGACAAAAAAGAAACGCAACCGUGUGCAAAAAGCAAUAGAAAUAGGAAAUUGUUGACAAUUUCUUUAGUUUUUCUUAGCUGUGGAUUAAAUGCAGCUUAUGGGUGGCAGAUUUUAUACCAAAGAUGAAGUACCCCAACCCCUCUGGAGGCGAAUGGAGGAAUAUGUUGUUUUUGUUCUAUUUGAUAUUUUUCAGGUCUCUCUUCUCUCACCUUGUGUCCCCGUUUGACCUGAAAUGGCCAAACCAGAUUUGUACUGUGUAUCUGUUUCCGUCAUAGGUUUCAACUUUCCUCCACUGGUGCAUCUGUGAGUAUGUUCAACAGAGAGAGAGAGAGAGAGAGGGGAGAAAAAGAGAGAAAGUUAAAAAGAAGGCAAAUGGGCCUAGUGUGCAGGUGUGACUGUUGUCCACUAGGAGGUGACAGAUUUGCAAAAGGGCGCAUGUGGAGCCCGAGGUGAAGCAAGUCGUCUCAUUGACCUGUCGGGUGGUUUUUGUUUCUGUCAAUGUCACCACUUAGUCAGAAGUUAGCAAGAUGACUAUUUCCCCACACACAGGUCUCACGCUUGCUCGCAGCCCCAAACUGUGCUCACAAGCUACCUCAUUUGUCUCUUUCACACUAUGAGGACAUGCAUUUUUAAAAGCUGGUGAACAUGAUCAACACUAGAGAGAGAGAAGGAGAGAGGAGAGAGAGAGACUGAGGGAAGAGACAAGUGAAGACUUUUGCCUUAACAUUCUCCUCCUUUAGUUCCUGCUCCACUCAGUAUAGUGCUGUAUUCUUCAUGUUUUCUUCCGGUCCACGCUGAUGACAAGCUCUCGUAACCUGACCUCAACUCUGCAGUCCAGAAGAAGAAAACUUGUCUUAGGAAAAGCAGAAGAAUAGAGAUGAAACCCUCACUACUGGCCUGUGACCACACCGGAGUGGUCAAGAAAUCCAUUAAGGCCAUUUUUUCAGUCCUCCAGUGUCCAAAAAAAACGACAGCAGCACCCCAUUCAUUUGAAAUGUGCAGUGAGUGGUGUUUUGAGAGUCACACAGUAUUACGCGAGUGCCUUCAUUUUAGAACUUUCACCUGUCAGUGUCCACGUUGAACAUCUGUGAAAUAGGCUAUGGAGGUUUCACUUGACUGCUUUUCACUCGAGGUGCUGUUGAUCAGCUAGAAGCCAGAAGGAGUAAUCAGAAAGAGUGACAUACUGAUAUAACUUUUAUGAAACUGAUUGAGACAGCACAACCACGGGUGAUACAGGAGUUUGGAACACAUACACAUACAUAAUAUUUUUGUUCUUCAAAAUGCCAAGCAGAAGGUUGGGCGUCUAUACAAGAGACCUUUACACAUAGAUCAGCAGCCUCUCGAGUGAAAGAGUAGCCUGAAGUAGAAAAAUAAAUAGGCCUAUCUUUGGUUCUAUUUUUAACACAGUAGGUGUGUCCUUACGCUUUGGUCAUCUGUUGUGUUCUCUUCUCUUGCACCGUUUACAGUGUCGUUGAUUCACAGCAUUGGUUUAAAGGGUGGACAAAGAGGAUGAAGGUUAGCACCCACAAUUAGUCAGUUCAUGUCAGUUCAUGAUAUCAGUUUAUGGGUUGAAAAUUGUUGAUCUUUGUGUGUGUGUGUUUGUGUUUGUGUGUGUGUGAGUUGUUUUUUUACAUUUCAUUUUCACAUUUCACGUAUGUCCUGUAAAAUGUCCUUUUAAAGAUCCUUCACACAGGAGCGGGGUUGAAAAGAGGGAAUGUGUAUCUAUUUUCAUCUCUGUUCUGUAUUUGUGUGUGCGUGCGUGCGUGUGUGCAUGUGUGUGUGCGUGUGUGUAGUGGUCGGCUUAGAUGGAAUAGUAGAGCUUACUUUGACUGACCUUUCUGUUUAAGUCCAUCUUCAUUCUAUGGAAAAAACUAAAGUUAAAAAGCUAAAUCAUCCUGAUGCUGCUCUAAGGGGAAAAUGACCUUCAUGACUGCAUGGACAAGGAUUUGAGAUGACAGAACUGUUGACACCAGGGACAUGAAAACUCUUGAAGUGAGAUGAGGAGACUGCUAAACAGCUUCAUUUUGAAGGGAUGCUCUGAAAAACACAAGCUGUUUUUUUUUCCCUUCUUUUUUUCAAACUGCUCAUCUACUGCCUUUUUGUCGGAGUCAGCUAACUGUCCAAUGCCUCGUCUGUUACCAGGCCCUCAGCCUUUGAGAGCCAGAGAGAGGGGAGUCCAGGGAUGAGAGGUAUGGCAAACUGGACGGCUGCCAAAUCAGACGCACGAUCACCCUGCUUGCGCAGGUUUCUGAUUGGUCGCUGCAGUCUCCACAAGGCUGGUUUCUCUCACCGUGAUUGGCUCACAAAAGAUCCUAAGUGAAUGGUGCAAUGGCCGUAUAGAACUGUCUCUUGUGGUAUUUAUGUCUGGUAAUUUCAACCCAGUUGAAGUUCACCGUCUGAUUGGGGAAAAAAAUCAAACAAUCAUAGAGUGUUAAUGAGAACUGUACCCCAGAAAGGACACUUGAGUGGCAAAUGUACUUCCUAUUUAAUUAACUUGGCUCUAUAAAAUCAAAAGAUUACACAGGCGACUGAAUAACCACUGAGAUGCUGUUCAACCAAAUUCAGAGUAUUUUUAGAAAUAGGAGAGAAAAUUAAAAGGAAGAAAAUAAAACGGCAAAACCUCUUAUCACAAAUUAAAUUAUUGAAAGAGGAAAAAAGCAAAACUAUUUAUGAGGUUGUCUUUUUGUAUAGUGCAGGUGUUUUAAAAGAUGAUGAACCAGAACAGUUCAAUGAUGCUAUUUCUUUUUCCUUUGAGUUGCCGCACAGUCAUGCCUCCCUAGUCUUCGAGUUGUGAUCCUGAGAAAUUGUGUAGAUCAGUGGAUGUUCGGUUUAAACUUUGAUUUUAUUAUUUGUUCUUUUGAUGAAGCUUUCAAUAAAAAAAAACUUUAAAACCA